AUGUAUUAUGAUGUGAAUAUCAGCCUAGACUAUUUGAAGCAGGACAUACGGGAGUUAGAAGAGAAUGAGUACAGAGGAUUUUGUGUGAACAAAGUCAUGAGGCCAAGGGAUCUGGAGAAGAUCAAGUAUGAGCCGAUUGAGCUCCUUGGGACGAAGCCCUGCUACAGCCGAGUGGAGAUUGUGUUUGAGGAGAAGGAGGAGGUUGGAUACGAUGUAAAGAAGUCCAUGAGGUAUGAUUUGUUUGUUGUGAGGUUGAAUGGGGUUUCUGGGAUGGACAAGCUAAUAAGACAUCAGCCCGACAUGGUUACAUUUAACUAUGGAAGCCAGUUUCUUCCGUUUAAAAGCGGGCUUGUCAGAACGGCGAUCAAAGAAAACAUAUUUUUCGAGGUUCCUCUAAGGGAAAGCUUGUAUGGAGGGGCUUCCAGUGUUACAUGGAUGAGGAAUGUGCGAAGACUGCUUUUUAUCACGAAUGGAAAGAAUGUUGUGUUUAGCAGUGGAGCACGGUGCUCUACAGAGAUCAAGAAGCCCAGAGACAUCAUGAAGAUGCUGGAGAUGUUUGGGCUUAGGAAGAAAAGAGCCUCUGAGGUGAUGCUCAACUCUCUGAGGCUUUUGAGAAGCUGUGCAAUGAGGAGGUAUUGCCACAGAGACUCGAUUAUCCAUAAUGUUGAUGAAGGAGCACUAAAAAGGGACUUUGUGCUAUCUUUGUACAGGAAAUGA